GCCGUGGGUCCGACCCUUCUUCCGGCUGGGCUGAAGGCCGCGGGACUGAGGGACUGGCAGCAUCUCAGUCCCCUGAGUGGGCGAGCGAGAGAGCCCGGGGCCGGGAGGGACUGGGAGCAGAAGUGGGACCCCCACCACCUGGGACGGCGGGUUCCCGCGAGGACGCAGCUGGCUUACGGGGAAGCACCGCUCCCGGGAUGCUGGGGAGGGUCCGCUGGGCCUGAAGACCAGAGCGGAUGGACACGGAAGAGCCCUGAGCCUGGCUGAGAGACAUGGCAGACCCCUGUGUGUUCGUCUCGCGGUUGGUGUUGGAGUCCUGAAACACAGCCAACUCUUUCCAGGUGGGCAGAUUUAGGAGAUGCCUGGGACAAGGAGGCCAGCUUCUCAGGGCAGAAGGAGAAGGAGGUGACGAACGUUGAGGCCGCCGAAGGGAACUCAUGGCUAGGAUCAGUUUUUCCUACCUCUGCCCAGCCUCCUGGUACUUCACUGUUCCCACAGUGAGCCCAUUUCUCCGGCAGCGGGUGGCAUUCCUGGGAGUCUUCUUCAUAUCCUGUCUCCUUUUACUUAUGUUAAUCAUGGACUUUCGACAUUGGGGUGCUUCAUUACCAAGAGAUAGGCUAUAUGAAAGGUAUUUGGCUCGGGUAGGGGAGCUUGAAGCUACUGAUACUGAAGACCCAAAUCUGAAUUAUGGACUCGUGAUAGACUGUGGUAGCAGUGGCUCCAGGAUUUUUGUUUAUUUCUGGCCAAGACAUAAUGGGAACCCGCAUGACUUGCUGGACAUCAAACAGAUGAGAGACCGCAACAGCCAACCUGUGGUUAAAAAAAUCAAGCCAGGAAUCUCUGCGAUGGCAGACACUCCAGAACAUGCCAGUGAUUACCUUCGGCCUCUGCUGAGCUUUGCUGCUGCUCAUGUACCUGUGAAGAAGCAUAAGGAGACGCCCCUUUAUAUCCUCUGCACCGCAGGCAUGAGGCUCCUUCCUGAGAGGAAGCAGUUGGCUAUCUUGGCUGACCUGGUGAAGGAUUUACCACUGGAGUUUGACUUCCUUUUUUCUCAGUCUCAGGCAGAAGUGAUCUCCGGGAAGCAAGAAGGGGUUUAUGCAUGGAUUGGUAUCAACUUUGUUUUGGGAAGAUUUGACCAUGAGGAUGAAUCAGAUGCUGACAGUUCCCAGGAAUCAACAACAGGACGCCGAAGGACAGUAGGGAUCCUGGAUAUGGGAGGAGCCUCUCUCCAAAUUGCUUAUGAAGUUCCUACCUCAACCUCUGCCCUCCCCCCAAAACAGGAAGAAGCUGCCAAGAUCCUAUUGGCAGAGUUCAAUCUGGGCUGUGACGUACAACACACUGAACAUGUGUACAGGGUUUACGUCACAACCUUUCUGGGUUUUGGAGGUAACUUUGCCCGGCAGCGCUAUGAAGAUCUUGUGCUGAAUGAAACUCUUAACAAAAACAGAUUGCUGGGAGAGAAGACAGGCUUGAGUCCUGACAAUCCAUUUCUGGAUCCCUGCCUGCCUGUGGGACUGACAGAUGUGGUGGAGAGAAACAGCCAAGUCCUGCAUAUCCGAGGAAAGGGAGACUGGGCAACGUGUGGGAUGAUGCUGAGCCCGCUGCUGGCUCGCUCCAACACCAGCCAGGCCUCACUGAAUGGCAUUUACCAAUCGCCAAUUGACUUUAACAACAGCGAGUUCUAUGGCUUCUCAGAAUUUUUUUACUGCACGGAGGAUGUGUUGCGCAUAGGCGGCCGCUACCAUGGGCCAACAUUUGCCAAGGCUGCUCAGGAUUACUGUGGCAUGGCUUGGUCAGUACUAACUCAGAGAUUCAAGAAUGGCCUCUUUUCUUCACAUGCAGAUGAGCAUCGACUCAAAUAUCAGUGCUUUAAGUCAGCUUGGAUGUACCAAGUCCUACAUGAAGGAUUCCACUUUCCCUACGACUACCCAAACCUGCGGACGGCCCAGCUGGUGUAUGACCGAGAGGUCCAGUGGACACUGGGAGCCAUUCUCUAUAAAACGCGGUUUUUACCACUCAGGGAUCUUCGACAGGAAGGUGUCCGACAAGCCCAUGGUAACUGGUUCCGUCUGUCCUUUGUCUACAACCAUUAUCUAUUCUUUGCUUGUAUCCUGGUGGUGCUACUGGCCAUCAUCCUGUACCUUCUGCGGCUCCGCCGAAUUCACCACCGACAAACUCGAGCCUCAGCUUCCCUGGACUUGCUGUGGAUUGAAGAGGUGGUGCCAAUCAUUGGGGUACAGGUGGCGCCAUGAGGCUGGACAAGAACUGGAGAAACUAAAGUAUCCCAGAGUUGCUGCUCAUUCAAUUCUUCCUUUUUUUUUUUUUUUUUUUGUCUUGGCCUCAGAUGUUGCUGUGGCCUUGGAAUUUCUCCUUUAAUUAACUUCCAUGUUAAUUCCUUCUUAGUAGUCAGGUCCUCUUCUCAGAGAGAAGCUAUAUAUAGUCUUUUAUUUGGAAGUGAUGAGAGAUUGGUGCUAACAAAGGUGACCAAGAUUAGUACCACUGAAGCAUGCUUCUGUAUCUCAGAGAUCUGGUGUGUUCCUGGGAUCUAGCAAUUUCCCCCUUGCUAAAGCAUCAAGUUUGGCAUUGGGCACAGUGGAAGCCUGGUUGAAACCAAAUUUGAAGCAUCUGAUCUGAAGUCAGACAUUCCAGCAAGUGCAGCAGCCCCUUCUUUCUCUGUAACAGAGAUAUGAUUUUGUGGACAUCCACAGCCUUUAAUAGGAUCCAAGAUCUUUGCAGUUCAAUGGACCAGAUAGGAAUUCACAAGCCACCAAAAUGACAUAGCUUCCUUGCUUACCUGACAAAGAAGCCAUUGUAUGAUAUGCUUUAAAAGGUUAGAACCUUUUCUAAAUGGAUGGUCCAUUAAAAUCUUACAAUAUUUUAUCUGAUGCCUGGUCUGACUAGGAUAGGAAAUGUUUCCAUGUCUAGGUGCCUCAAAGGCUGUUUGGGCAUUAAUUUUGCUUUUUGAGCCUUAAGUGUGCUUGUAGGAUGGAGAAACUGUGACAGGGCUUGGACACCUUCCUGGAUUUGUCUGGUUACAGGUCCCUGUCCCAUAGGCAUAUUUUUGUGUACAGAUUCAGAGAGUUCCUGUGUUUCACUGCUAAGAUCAAUAUGUAGUUUGGGAAAGGAUGUAUUUGGGUUGUUUAUAAAGAUAGGAUGAAUAGUAUCAGGAGAAUGGACAGAGGGAUAAAAAUCAAAGCCUUUUUUUUUUUUUUGAGAAAAAAAUUAUCUUAAUUUCUGAUUCUUAGACUGUCUGAAGGAUAGCAAAUUCUAAACUUUGGAAUAAACA